AUGGGUUACUGCCCCAAUAGCAGAACUCGCCAACAAUAUCUCAGACAGGGCUAUCGAUUCCCAAAGGCAGCGAGCACACUAGUACGGAAGCCGAAGACCUUCCUAAACGGACCCGUUUCUUCAUCUGCACGCUACCUGCAUGGGCCGUUCUCUUCUGAUUUCAUUCCAAACUUGAUAUUGGCGGGUUGCCUCUACUUCCGUUCCCUUGAGCAACAUUCGGCAUUGAAAUCCUCUCCUACCAUUCUUUUGGCACUUACUCGUUGCACCUCCAACUUUACCUCCCCCACAAUGAGGUCCUUCCAUUUUUUGCCGCUUCUUCCUUUUGCACUUGCUGCGCCCCCUCUCGUCGAUCCAUAUCUUGAGAUGUGCGGCAUAUCCAUCACAUACUCCGCCAUAACGAGCACUCUUCUACUACCACCGCAAACAAUCUCUCUCUGCGAGAAUUCGAGCAAUUGCGCCAUCCCUACCAUUGGUGCUGGAGGAGGCUCCCCCGCAGCUCCGCAGGCCACCGCCACCCAAGCCCCUGGGGGCAGUCCUCCUGCCGGGCAGCCUGGUUCUAGUCAAGCUCCCGGAGGCAAUCCCCCUGCCGGGCAGCCUGGUGCUAGCCAAGCUCCCGGCGGUAACCCUCCCGCCGGACAGCCUGCUGCCAGUCAAGCACCCGGAGGCAGUCCACCCGCCGGACAACCCGCUGCCAGUCAAGCUCCCGGCGGUAACCCUCCCGCUGGGCAGCCCGCUGCCAGUCAAGCACCCGGGGGUAAUCCCCCUGCCGGACAACCAGCUGCCUCUGGUGGUUCGAAUGGCAAUUCGCCAGGCGCAACAGUCUCUUCCCCGGCGGGCUCUGGUAAACCCUCCUCGGUAUCGGCAUCUUCCGCAUCUCGGUCAUUUGGUUUCAAAUGGAAUGAGCUUUGUGUCAUGGGAUUCGCCGGCGCAGUCACUCUUUUUCUGAGCCUGGUAGUCUAA